UGGUCUCUUCUGCUGAACUCUGACAGAGCCAAGGAUCUUUUCAAUUUGAGAUCAACUUUCUCCAUUUCAGCAGUGUCUGGCUUCUCAUAUUCAAAGGAAUUAGACAUCGUCACUUAAUCAUUAGUCUCUUGGCAGCUCACUGUCUUUUUCAGCACUAAUAAACUGCCUUAAAUCCUGCUCUGUCUGGGAAUAAAAAGAAAGAAAGAGUAGUCACCUUACAUUUGUAGCAACUGGUGGACUAAAUCUCAGGCUAAAUAGAUUUGAACUAAAAUACUUUUAGUGCCAAAUUUCUUUGUGCCAAUAUGGAUGAAACGCAAAACGGCAGGACUUCCUUGGCUAAAGGUGCCAAGGACAUUGCUAAAGAAGCCAAGAGGCAAACUGCCAAAAAUUUAAGCAAAGCUGUUGAUCGUGCAUCAGAUGAAUACUCCACUCGUCGCAGCUAUAACCGCUUCCAGAACGAGGACGAAGAAGAAAACAACUACAAUGCUUACGAUCAGCAAGACGGUCACUACGCCGACAACGCAGGCAACGACGAGGACGAGGCCUCCAGUGACGCCACGGAGGGCCACGACGACGAGGACGAGAUCUACGAGGGAGAGUACCAAGGCGUUCCUGCCCACAGCGAUGGGAAGCAGCGGGACGGGCAGGUGGCUCUGGGCCAGCCGGUUUCUGACAGCCUAAAGAGCCGCAAGGAGCUGGAAAACGAGAGACUGGCCGACGAGGAGGAGCUCGCCCAGCAGUACGAGCUGAUCAUGCAAGAGUGUGGCCACGGGAGAUUCCAGUGGCAGCUGUUCUUCGUACUCGGGCUGGCGCUCAUGUCAGACGGCGUGGAGGUGUUCGUAGUGGGCUUCGUCCUACCCAGCGCCGAGACAGACAUGUGUGUCCCCAACUCUGGUGCCGGGUGGCUUGGUAGCAUUGUGUAUCUGGGGAUGAUGUUUGGGGCCUUCUUUUGGGGCGGCCUGUCAGACAAGCUAGGCCGUAAACAGUGCCUGCUUAUUUCCAUGUCUGUCAAUGGCUUCUUCGCCUUCCUCUCCUCCUUUGUCCAAGGCUACAGCAUGUUCCUCGUCUGCCGCAUGGUGUCUGGCUUUGGGAUUGGAGGUGCAGUACCGAUUGUAUUCUCGUACUUUGCGGAGGUGUUGGCCCGGGAGAAGAGAGGGGAGCAUCUGAGCUGGCUGUGCAUGUUCUGGAUGAUCGGAGGGAUUUACGCCUCAGCCAUGGCCUGGGCCAUCAUCCCGCACUAUGGCUGGAGCUUCAGCAUGGGUUCAGCCUACCAGUUCCACAGCUGGAGAGUGUUUGUGGUGGUGUGUGCGCUGCCGUGUGUCUCUGCAGUAGUGGCUCUCACGUUUAUGCCUGAGAGCCCCCGCUUCUUCCUGGAGAUAGGUAAACACGACGAGGCCUGGAUGGUGCUCAAACACAUCCACGACACCAACAUGCGUGCCCGCGGAGAGCCCGAGAGAGUCUUCACUGUGAACAGGAUCAAAAUCCCCAAACAGCUGGACGAGCUGGUGGAGAUGCAGAAUGAGUCAGCCAACCCCGUACUCAAGGUCCUCUUGAAGAUCAAGACUGAGCUCAGAGGAAUCUGGCUGACGUUUCUGAAAUGCUUCAACUACCCAGUGAGAGACAACACUAUAAAGCUGGCAGUGGUCUGGUUUACCCUGUCGUUUGGGUACUAUGGGCUGUCGGUGUGGUUCCCGGACGUCAUCAAGCACCUUCAGGCUGACGAGUACGCCUCCAGAGUCAAGCUCCACAACAGCGAACACAUUGAAGACUUCACCUUCAACUUCACCCUGGAGAACCAGAUCCACAGAAACGGAGUCUUUCUAAAUGACAGGUUCAUCAGUAUGAAGUUUAAGGCGGUCACAUUCAUCGACUCAUCUUUCAUCAACUGCUAUUUUGAGGAUGUCUCCUCCUUAGGAUCCUUCUUCAAAAACUGUACCUUCGUAGACUCCUUCUUUUACAACACGGAUAUUGACGACGCCAAACUAACAAAUUCCAGAGUGAUCAACAGCUCCUUCCACCACAACAAGACAGGCUGUCAGAUGACAUUUGACGAUGAUUACAGCGCCUACUGGGUCUAUUUUGUCAACUUCCUGGGAACGCUGGCUGUGCUGCCCGGAAACAUCGUCUCUGCCCUCCUCAUGGACAAAAUAGGACGUCUCAGCAUGUUAGGAGGCUCCAUGGUGCUGUCAGGCAUCAGCUGCUUCUUCCUCUGGUUUGGCACCAGCGAGUCGAUGAUGAUCUUCAUGCUCUGUCUCUACAACGGCCUCAGUAUCUCUGCCUGGAACUCGCUGGAUGUGGUCACCGCUGAGCUGUAUCCAACAGACAGGAGGGGCACCGGCUUUGGCUUCUGUAACGCCAUGUGUAAGCUGGCAGCGGUGCUAGGCAACCUGAUCUUUGGCUCACUGGUUGGCAUCACCAAGGCCAUCCCCAUCCUGAUGGCAUCGGCUGUGUUGGUUGGCGGCGGGCUGGUGGGGCUCCGACUGCCAGACACACGGGCCAAUGUCCUCAUGUAAACCUCGACACGGAACAGUGUGCUGUCUACCAGGUCUUCACUCAGUUUACAGAAUAACCCAUUCAUUUACGGACCAGGGUUGAUUUGAAUAUCACUGAAACGAGCAUUGCUGUCAUCCUUCGUGUAUUUAUUAUUUGAUUAAUAAUGUUGACUAUGUUCUCAAACAUGUAAAGGACACGUGAUUGUUAUUCUGUAAUGUCUGAGUAGAAUACCUGGUAAAUAUCAAAGCCUAAUGAAAUGCAGUUUGACUUAACAAUGAGCUGUAGAUAUAAAGAGGCAAAGCUUAGUCUUUUAGUCAAGUGUCAGUGGCUGGUUGCCAAAGCCCUGGGCAUUCUUUCAGAAAUUCAAAAGGCUACUGUUCAGAAACAAGUGGAGAUGAAACUCUGUAUAUCAGCAGCUCAUUGGCUGUUUCACACAUGCAAUCCUCAAAUGCUUGAGUCAAUGCUGCAAAAGGCCUGGACUCCCGACAACCUUCCCCUUAUGUAUCCCGCUCAAUCUGGCUCAGAGUAUAGGAAUACUUUGACAUUUUGGGAACAGCGCUUACUCAAAGCUAACACCAGCAGCUGCUUAGCUUAAAGUAAUAACCUCAACGAUUUUGAUUUUAGCCUACUGUUGUUCUCGCACACAGUUAGUAAGUGA